UCAGGUAUCCUUCGACAAAUAAAAAGAUGUAUUACUACCUGUUCCAACUUCUCAUACUGGGUAAUGUUUUACUCACCGAGGUAUUGGGACAUGGAAGACUGGUCGACCCUCCGUCCAGAGCGUCUAUGUGGAGAUACGGGUUUGAUAAUCCACGUGAUUACGACGAUAACCAGGGGUAUUGUGGCGGUUAUAGCAUACAAUGGGGCGUGAACAAGGGAAAAUGCGGAGUAUGUGGAGAUGCGUGGAAUUUGCAUGAGCCUCGGCCACACGAAACUGGAGGAAAAUAUGGCAAUGACAUAGUGGUGAGGAAAUAUUCGACCGGUUCUAUGGUUCCGGUAACAGUGCAAUUGACAGCGAACCAUAAAGGAUACUUUGAGUUUCGCGUUUGCCCUAUGAAUCGACGGGGGGUAGAAGUGACGGAGGAAUGUUUGAAUCAAAAUGUUCUUAUCGGGAUAGAUGGGGAGGCCAAGUAUUACCCUAAGCCUGGACCAGGAUUCGCUAAACUCAACUACAAGCUACCGGAUCAUCUGACCUGCGAGCAAUGCGUAUUCCAAUGGAGAUACGUGGCCGGAAAUAAUUGGGGCGAUUGUGGCAAUGGAACAGGGGCUCUCGGCUGUGGUCCACAGGAAGAAUUCAGAGCUUGUGCAGAUAUUACAAUUAGUAACACUUAA